AGUAAUCACCAUCGGCAUCACAAUCACAAUCACAAUUUAGAUGAAAGUUCACUGAAGGUCAAAUGUCAAUUGUCACGUGAAUAUUUCUCACGAGGCUUCAGGGGUCAAACUACAUAUUUUCCCCGCACAACAUCACAAACAAGACAAGUCAUCACGGUUACAAAUAAGUAUUGGCAAAAUAACAGCGCAUGAGUCGUAUUUCCAACAUAGAAGCUAUCGCAUACUAAACUCAGCCUCAAAGAAAAAAAAAAGCGCGGGAUGGCGGGAGCAAAUUCUACUAGCGGUCCCGCUAGCUUUCCCGAUGAAAUAAAUGUACCCUGGGCCGAGGAGACGGGGACUCGUCAGUUCCACUAUGAUAAUAAUAAUGAUAAUCCCUUAAGAGAUGACGCCAUAACACUUCUAGAACUCGAAUCGUCUCGACCUCAGGACCCAAUAAGAUGCAAGCUCGUGCAUGUGAACGCCAGCGACCAUCCCCGACCAUAUGAGCUUCUCUCCUGCGACUGGCAGAGCGAGACCCGGCCGCCGCAUGUCCAGAUCUCUCUAAACGGCGGGAAUUUCGACGUCCCGGCCGAGGUCUACCUCGCGCUUCGGAGGGUCAGGCUGGAAGAUCGGCCAAGGCUCCUUUGGCUCGAUGCUAUCUGCAUCAACAACCACAAACUUAAUAAGAAAAGUCGGGAAGUUGCUGCUGCUGCUGCUGCUGAUGAGAAGACGGAGAGGAGGAGCAACGUUCUGCAGCCCUCGUACUUAAGAGGCAUAUACCGAAACGCGACGGGCCUGCUCGCGUGGAUCGGAGACGCUGCGGAUGAAUCCCACCUCGUGUUCGAGCAUCUCAACAAGUGCUGUCGCGAGCACACACACAUCAACUGGUGUCGGUACCGGGGCGAAACACUCGACGCCUACCGUCGCCUGUGCCGCCGGUCGUGGUUUUACCGAGCGCAAUCCGCCCAGGAACUUGCUCUGACCGAUAGCGCCACUAUCCUGUGCGGUCGCGAUGAAUGCGAGUGGCUGGACUUCGUGAAAUGCGACAGCUUUCUCGGGCCUGGGGAUUACUAUCACCCGCUCCAUGGGCCGGAUCCCCGGACGCAUUUACGCCAGCUCUGGGCGCUCUCCAAAAGCGUGGAUCCGGUGCCGCUGAGCCACGUGUUUCUCGUGAGCCGGCACUGUCGCGCUCACGAUCCCAGGGAUAAGGUUUUCAGCGCCUUGGUGCUAGACACGGAAGUGCACUUCGAUAUUCCCAUCGACUAUGCGCAGGACCCAGCCCAUCUCUUCCGGAUCUUCACGCAGAGGGCCAUCGCGUCGAGCCAGACCCUCGGAGCCCUGCACUGGCUCGGAUCGCAGGAGAAACGCGUCGACGGCCUCCCGUCGUGGGUUCCCGACUACAGCGUCGUCGACCCGGUAGGUACGUUGCCGCGGGUCUUCAGCCAAUCGGCCACGUACUCCAUCCACUACCCCAUGCGGCUGCUCCCGGGCUUCGGGUUCCGGCCCGACGGCGCCCUGGCCGUCCGCGGACGGCCCGUGGAGAGGAUCGCUAGGAUAGGAAAGGAGCUCGGAGCGGCGGCCGCGCCCGGCGGCGACGAGUUCCGCGCCGUCCUGGCCCAGUGGGAAACCCUCGCGCUGGGCCUGAGCUACAAGCGCUUCCCGCAGGCCGUCGUCGACGCCUUUGCCGAGACGCUCGUCGGGGACGACAGCGCCGAUCUGCUGGUGGACACGGACGACGCCCCGUAUAUCCGGAAGCCUAGGCCACCGAUGUCGGCGGAUCAUUUCCACGCGUGGUACGGGCGGCGCGGGGCGGGUGUGUUGGAAGGCGCUGACGCGACGUCCGCGGAGAAGAACGGAAAUGACGCUGAUGAUUGGCGCGUGAGCAGGUAUGCCCGCCGAAUGGAAACGACUUGCUACGGACGUAGAUUCUUCACCACGGACGAGGGAUCGAUGGGUCUCGCGCCUGGCGGCGCGAGAGAGGGUGACGAGGUGGUCUUCAUCCCCGGCGGCACGUACCCGUUUGUCUUGAGAGCCAGGGGGGCUAAUAACGAUGGGACUCACGAGCUCGUCGGGGACUGUUUUCUCUACGAUUUCGACGUGUUCGCGCUGCUCCAUGAUCGGAAUAUAGAGACUCGGGAAUUCGUUCUUGUUUGAAGCGGCUAGUUAACUUACCUAGGUACAGGAAGCUAUGACUGUAGCAAUAGAUUAGGUAUCUACCUAGAUAGAUAGAUCACGGGUUUAAACGGCAUCUUUUAUACCAGCGUUAGGUGCAUAGUUAGAUUUAUCAUGGAGAUUAGCUAGGAGUACGGUUCUUUUUGGUUUGAUUUAACUCGAGAGGGAUUUAAGCAUA